AUGACAGGCAAAUCUCUUCAGCUAUUGCAGAUUGUAGUAGCAGACCUCAAUGUUCUGGUAAAAGGCAGAUGUGUUGAGAUCGAAGAUCAGAGGCAAGAGCUUUACUAUCUACUAUGGUGGAAGAAAGAGAGAAUUAUGAGCAACACAAACAACAACCGCAGCAACAACAGAAUUCAGCAGGAUUACAGUAAUCAUGCAAAAGAGAUGUUCUACCUCUUUUGUUGGGAUAAACCCACAACAAUCAACAACGCAGUUGUUGGCAACCCAAAUUCAAGCAACAACAACGUUGUUGAAAACACUGAAGGAGAUAUUGAAAUGGGUUUAGAAACCCGAAAAGAUCUCCUACUAAAGGCUCUAGGAGAAGAAGGUGUGGACUCAGACAUUGUGCGAUUAGCAGGGCAUCCAAGAUUCUUGUUUACAAUUAAGGAAGAAACAACGGAAGAUUUAGAAUCUGAAGAUGGGAAAUCAAAGGCUAGUAAAAAAGGAUCGAGAACAAGGAGUUUGAGUGAUUUAAUCAUGGCCAUUGAAACACAUACACCUUAUAAUAAUCUAAGUCCAAUGUCAUCUUCUUCUCCAAAAUCAAAGUUGCUGUUGUCAACCAACAAUAAUAACUACAACAACCCGUUGUUUGAAACUUCAGCAACUGUUGUUGAAGCUGAAAUUAAUAGGUUGAGAUCUUCUCCACCUCCUAAGUUUAAAUUUUUGAGAGAUGCUGAGGAGAAAUUGUAUAGAAGGUUGGUUGAAGAAGCUCAAAAAAGUGGGAUUUUUCAGGAGGUUGUUUUGGACAAUUCACUUCCUUCUAAUUACCACUCAGAUGAAGAAGAAGAGAAGGAGAUUCAUUGCACUUCACAGGUACUUCAAAAAUAA